AUGCGUUUUGAUUGUUACCUAAACACAUUGGACAUAAAUAUUCAAUAUUUAAAAUUGCAUUGCUAAAUUAAAAUAACUAGAAUUUUAGGCACUGGUGUAUAAAGUUGAUAAUAGCUUAAGCGUUCUUUGGUGUCAGCAAAAACAUAUUAUUCUUAGACAACCAUUGGCUGUGAAAUACGAAAUUGUAUAGUAUAGAAUAAAAAUGAUUCGCGGUACGAUAUCAUUAUGGCAGAGUGGAUACCAUCUCCGAAGCCGGUUUUGUUUGUCUGUCAUGCACCGACUAUACACAAAUCAGUUAGGUGACUGUAAGACCACAUUGCCUGCUAUGGGCACGUGUAAUCUUGUUCAAAGGGCUGCUGAAAAUAGUCGCAAAACGAAACCAAAAACACAUGAAAGCCAAGAAAAUAAGAAAAGCGCAGAGAGCUUGGCUCGCGCUUACAACGUGCUAAAGAAUACGUUGCCAAAACUAUUCGUUGAGCCAUUGGACUACUCCAUUUACAGUCCCAACCUUAUUUUUCAAAACAACAUUACGGGCAAGCACACAAUUGGUCUGUAUCAUUAUGUCAAGCAAAUUGCAAUACUACGUACAGUUGGCCACCUCAAGUACGCGUAUGUUAAAUUUGAAAUACUAAAGAUUACACAACAUCCUGAGGAUUAUACAGUACGCAUAAGAUGGCGAGUUAAAGGCAUCUCAGGCCUGAAAGUAAUGUUUCAAUUUUGGAAAUACAAAAUCUGGCAGCUGAAGGAAGUACUCAAGGACCAAGAGGCUUGGUAUGAUGGGUUCUCCAUAUGCUACCUUGGCGAUGAUGGCCUAAUUAUCAAGCAUAUUGUUGACAAAGUGAUGCCAGAUGAAAAUCUCGAAAUCAUGUCCAACAGUACAGCGUCUGCGCUGCCCACUGGCUCGCUGGCAGCGACCGCUUCGCAAAAGAUUAGUUUUUCUUCAGUAGCCGCGUAGAUAUUUAUUGUUUAUUCAUAAUGUCCACUAAGUCAUGAAUCACUGUCAAUAAAUCUAACUUUUGUUAAAAAUAACCAGCUGCAGUGCUCUAGCAAAAAAUAAU